AUGAAGCUCUCGAUCGCAGUUCGCGCCUCUCUCCUCUCGCUGGCCACAAUGGCAGCCGCUUCUACUUUGAACCAAGUCAAGACGGACAUCAUUGCGAUCGACGUUUCGGUCAACAACCUUUACAAGCAAUGCCAGGUGCAGUCGCUCAACUACUUUUCUGGGAUUGCCAUCCGCGAAGCUGCGGAUGAUCUCACCAACAAGAUCAAGGCCGGUGCCGAAAGCGCGCGACAACUGCAAGAGACGCCCACGGACAAGGACGCCGAACUCAUGAUCUGGACGCUCAGCAAGACCGAGAGCAAGGUCUCGCUGGUGGUGGACCAAUUCAUCAAGCUCAAGCCGCAUUUCCAGCAGCUGGGUGUGCUUAGCAUUGCCGCCUCGAGCGUGACCGCGUUCCAGGGCGAGACCAAGUCGUUUGCGGAUCAACUUGUCAAGCUGGCUCCUGCUCACGAGCAGAGUGCCGCGCUCAAGCUCGCUGACAAUUUCAACGCUGAUCUGAAACGAUGCAACGAUGCCUACAACGCUCCGGCCGCGGCGAGCCCUGGGGUGCAGGCGACUCCAGUUUCGAGUGGAGCCCAGCAGGCGGGCACGAACUAUGCUGGCGGAGCUGGUGCCGGUAAGGCUGGUGCGAGUACCAACCCUCACGGUCUGGUCAAGAGGAAGGGGGGACUCGGCAGCAAGCACCGUUAA